AUGAAUAUCAUUAUUGGUUUAAUUGGAAUUUUCUUGACCUUGGCAUCAUUCGUACAGUCAACUCCAUUGGAAUUACAAAAACGUCAAGAAGACCAACUUAGCGGUUUUAAACCUUGCGAUGGCAAUUACCCAGUCACAAUUAAUACAUUCACCUAUAAUCCAAAUCCUGUUAUCCUUGGGCACAAUCUUGCACUCCGAUUCGCUGGUGUAGCAAAUGCAGCUAUUGAAGAUGGUUCAAUAAUAAGUUUUUAUCACGAUCAAAGCGGUAUUCCUGUACAUGUUGAAAAUUUUUGUAAUGAUUUUGUUGUACAAAGUGGAUACAUAUGUCCAAUUUUGGGUUCUUUCGACUUGACUUCAAUUGAAUUUUUGGAUAGUCCUCCUGAUGAACCCAAAAAUGUUACUGAAAACCGAUAUACGAAAAUGAUACCUAUAAUUGAUAACUUCAUGAAAACUAUUGCUUAUACUACCGCAAUCACUUAUUUAAUAGCUCAAUACCCUGAAAAGAAACUUUCCAAGAAAUUUAAGAAGAUUUGCCGAAACUCAACUUUUUAUGCACAUUAUGGUAUGAAGACUCAUUGGACUGAUCCUGAAGAAUAUCAUCCUGGAUAA